AUGGACACGCCGCUGAACACCGGUCGGCUGCGCCAAUCCAAGCCGCGGCGGCGGCUGCCUCUCUGCGGCGGGUUGGCGCUGUUGCUGGCCACGGCGACGCUGUAUCUCGUCGUCGUGCUGCGAUACUCGCAAGCCACGGUUCGGCCGCUCUCAUGGCUGCUGCCACCACACGAAAUCGUCGAUUCGAUUGACGCGACGCCUUCCGACAAGCAUGAUCGCUUUGCGCUGCACCCGGAACUGCAUGUCUCGCGUCCUCCCCGCACCUUGAAGCUCGAUUGGAGCAUCACGCGACAGCAGCACCGCCCUGACGGCGUGCUGAGAGACGUCUACUUCAUCAACGGCCAAUUCCCCGGCCCGACGAUUGAGGCGCGCUCCGGGGAUGAGCUGCAAAUCACCGUCACGAACAACAUCUUUAACGACACCGACGCAGGCAUCGCCAUGCACUGGCACGGCCUUCGCAUGAAGGGCAAGUAG